GUAAAAAUUUUCAAUCCACAAGAAUGGCGGACAAAUUUCAAAAUCCCAAAAUCUCAAGAAUCGAUGAUGGCGAUACAUCUCUGUAGCUCAUUCAAUCGCCACGAUUACUCUCUCUUAUCCCUACACUUCUCACCUAUCAUAAAUAUGCAUGGUUGAUGACUUAAUUCACUAUAUAUCUCUCUAAUUCACCCGCCGCCGGUUGCUGUAUAACUAAUCUGAUGGGCCGUCGUCUCGAACUUCCUGCCGUUUCCGCCGAUUCAUCUCAUUCUUCUGUUGAAUCAAGUUUUCGGGAGCUAGACGAUGUGUUCUUGCAGACUCAAACUAGAAUAUGGCUUGGAGAAGUCCUAGGUACGAGAAUGGAUGAUCAAAUCAACAUUUCUGACCUACUUGCUGAUGGAGAAUUGCUGUAUAAACUCUCUAACGUAGUGUGGUCAAUGUUGCUGGUGAAGUCUAAGGAGUUGAGAAACCACAAAAGUAUAUUUGGGAAGAGGAUGAGUAUUGGAAGUUAUAGGCCGUAUUCUAAUGUUGACUCGUUUUUGAAGAUAUGCAAAAUUCUGGGUUUGAAAAGCAUUGACCUAUUCUCCCCAUCAGAUGUUGUUGAGAAAAAGAACACCAGAAAAGUUUGUAUGUGCAUACGUUCACUCUCAAAGAAAGCCAGGUCUAAGCAGUUAAACGUUCCUGAUUUCGAAAAGGUUACGUCUGCUGUUUCAAUGUCUACUGAUAUGGUAGGCUGCCUUCGCCGGAGCUGGGAAAUUUCUCCAUCUAAACAUGUUAAAACAAAGAAUGGCAAGAUCAAGUUUGGUGUUAAACAUGGCAUGAAAGGAUCCGAUGAAGCAGAAAGCAGUGACUAUACGCGAAUAUCGUCUCAAUCAACGAGCUGUUCUUACGAUUCCGAUUUGGUGGAAAUUUCAGACUCUGAAAGCUCGCCCGAAGUUUCUUCGAAGCUCAAUUCACAUGAUGAUGACACCCCUGAAAAGAUUUACGAUUCAAAAGGGUUGGCAUUUUCGGAUCUAAUUGCCUUUGGAAAGGAUGACCAUUUUCUGUUUGACGGAGAAAACAUAAUGUUUGAUUCCCUCUUCAAAUCAGAAUCUCUAGGCUCUAACUUCUCUAACAAAAAAGGUUCUCAAAAUGGCGACGAAUUUGAUGAUGUGGAAGUUUCCUCUGUGGCAAGCAUGAGCUCGGUUGUAGGUCGAGUACUGAAUCUGGAUUCUGAUGACCAAUUUGACAUCAUGGAUGAUGUACGAAGUGUGAAUAAUUCGUCAUCAUGGGAUGAUGAUAUUAACGAAAUUUUGAGCAACCCAAACUUUGUCCAGAUGGAAGAUGAUGGCAUUAUGGACGAGAUGGGACAUAAUAAUGAACAAGGCAAACAUCCUUCUCUAUUAAAAAAAGUUGUUUCUCUGGAUUAAUUUCCCUUAUUA